GUUACGUAAUCAAGUUCAAGAUGGCGUCGGAAAUGGAAAUCGAAGGGAGUUCAUCCUCUUCACAGUCAACUGUUAUGGCUUCUGGAGGGACAGGAAGCGUGGCAGUUGCUCUUCAUCCCCUGGUUGUCAUGAAUAUUUCAGAACAUUGGACUAGAAUCCGUGCACAAGAAGGAAAACCUACCCAGGUUCUUGGGGCUUUAAUAGGUAAACAAGAAGGUAGAAACAUAGAGGUCCUCAAUUCAUUUGAGCUUCUCUUUGACACCGUGGAGGGAGAUAUCAUCAUCGACAGGGAAUACUACAACACAAAAGAAGAACAAUUCAAGCAGGUUUUCAAGGAUCUUGAGUUUCUUGGUUGGUACACCACCGGUGGAUCGCCGGAUGAAUCUGAUAUCAAAGUUCACAAACAGAUUUGUGAAAUCAACGAGAGCCCCAUCUUCUUGAAGCUGAAUCCCUUAUCGAGACAGACCGAUCUUCCAGUCCACAUGUUCGAAUCAGUGAUUGAUCUGAUCAAUGGCAUAGCAACCAUGCUGUUUGUUGAGCUCCAUUUUACCCUAGCAACAGAAGAGGCUGAGAGAAUAGGUGUUGAUCAUGUUGCCAGGGUAACCAACAGUGAAACUAUGGAAAGCUCAGUGGUUGCGGAGCACCUGAUAGCACAACAUAAUGCCGUGAAGAUGCUGCACAGUCGGGUGAAGCUGAUCCUGGAUUACGUGAAAGCUGUCCAGUCUGGCGAGGUGCCCAUGAACCAUGAGAUUCUCCGGGAUGCCAACAGUCUCUGCCACAGGCUACCAGUGCUGCAUCUAGACAAGUUUGAUACAGAAUUCUACAAUCAAUGCAAUGAUGUAACUCUGAUGGCCUAUCUAGGAGCAAUUACUAAAGGCUGCAACACAAUAAAUCAGUUUGUCAACAAGUUCAACGUACUCUACGACCGUCAAGGCAUGGGAAGAAGAAUGCGAGGACUCUUCUUAUGAGGACCCUACUUUUGUGAUACUGUGUCUUUUUCUACCUUCUAAAGAUUAGCAUUUGAAGAGCAGGGGCUGGUUUCACAAGUCAGCCAGAAGACUAAGUUAACUGACAUCUCGUAGAGAUAAGUGAAUUCUGUUACACAUUAGGUUGUCAGAGGCAGUGUUAAUGCAAGUGUCCAACCAGAAAACGUAAAUCAUGGUUCUUCUUUGCAUUUUGCAAUGUGAUACUUGUUGAAUUUUAGCUUUCCUUUGACUGGACACAGCUUAGUUUUGUGGCAAAAGUACAUGUACAUCCAGGUCAACUACAAUCCAGUGUUCCAGUGAAAGCCUGCCACCACGGGACAGUUUGACAUCAAUUUAACAUUGAGAACCCGGUUACAUGAAAGCAGUAACAACAAUCAUGUUCCUGGCAGAAUCAUGUUUCAAUACUAACCUGUUUUCAGCACUUCAUUUUAACAGUCUUAAUCAUGGUCAUAUGAUACUUAGAAUGUGCAGAAACACAGCUUUUUUUUUGCCGAAGCCCUUUAUUCCUUUGAAUGAAAAUUGGUUAAUACUCGAAAACAGAAAUCCAAGAUGUGAGAUUAUGACAGUAUUGUGAAAGAGGGAGGAUUAUUAACAACCCUGCCUGUUCAUUUAGACAUCUAUGGUGGUGACUAGUCAAUAAGUAGAAAAGGAAAAUUUACAUUCUGUCAAUCACUCUGAUUUAAUCCUGUGUACUU